UUCAGUGAUGAGCAGAGCUGAGUUCACUUCAUCCUGCUGAGUCAAACCUGAGGUACACCAGCCCCAAAUCAGUCCUGAGACCCUCAAGCACCCCCUCCACAGCCCGCUGCAGGUCACCUGUCAGAGCUGCGAGGAGCUGCUGACACCCAGAGAGGAGAAGAGGGGUGUGACAGGGGGAGUCAGACCAGCAGACAAGCUGCUGCUGCAGGGGGAGGACGUGCAGGCGAUGCACCAGCCGAGGCCAGAGGUCAAGAAGAAAAGAGAGAGAACCGUAAAGAGGUAGACUGACGGAGAGGAGGGUCGAUUGCGAUCCGAGUCAGAACCCCAGCCUGUCUUUGUUUGGGCCACAGAGCGGGGAGGAGGAUGUGAAGGAGAGCAGGGGGCAGAGGAGGAUAAAAAGACAAGAAAUGCUCUCAGAGAUCAUGUGCAGGAGGAUCUUCCAGCAGCAGAGGCUGCAGGAGAAGGAGGUUGGCCUCCGCAGGAAGAGCUGCAGCGGGCGGCUGCAGGGGCGGAGGACAGGGGGGGGAGGGUGGCCCAGGGGGCGCAAUCCCCCCCAGCACUAUCAGCGUCAUCAUCAUCAUCAACUCCCCCAGAGGAAGGGGCUGUCCCUCCGUCCCGUCAACGUGAAGGGUUUUAGAGCGAAGGGGAUGCAGGCCCCCAAAAACACCAACCAGUUCCUGAUGCACGAGAAGUACCAGAUGCAGCACCUGCGGUCCGACUCGGUGGGGAGCGACUGCAGCUGCAGCUCCGACAGCGACGACCUGGAGCUCACAGACAUGGACUCGUACCUGGGAGUCCUGGAGAACGCCCGGGGAGCCCUCCUGGACAGCCCCAACCCACAUGACUCAACGGCGCCCCCUGAACAGCUGCUGGUACUGCACCGGGACAGUCCCUGUCUCCACCGGGACAGACCCUGUCUCCACCAGGACAGACCCUGUCCACACCAGGACGGUCCAUUCCUGCAGGAGGACAGCAUGCAGUACUUCCCCUCAGAGGACGACCUGCUGCAGAGCCAGAACUUCAUGCAGAGGGACUUUGUUCAGUUCUGUGACUUUCUGUCUUUGUGAGGGGGAGCUUUUGUUCUCAAACUGAACCGGGUCAGGUUUGUUCUGAUUCAUGUUCUUUUUGUUUUGUUUUGUUUUUGCAAAUGAAAUAAAAGUUACCUCCGUCAUGACAAAUCAUUUAGCCUCAAGUCUGAGAAAUACUCUCAAAGGAGUAAAUGAUUUCCCUGGUGUCCAAAAAAACACAACUUUUUCUAAAGUAUUUGUGAAAGAAAUUGUUUUGACUCGUUUAUUUGGUGACAUGUUGUGAGAUUUUGUGCUGUAAGUGCCUCUUUCUGUUGUUGUUGUUCACAAAAGGAAAUGGGCUGGAUGGUGGGAGUGAGCCCAAACAGCCAAUCAGCAUCGACUCGGACUGAUGAGGCUGCAGCUGAUUGGCCGACAGAGACUGUCUUUAACAGAGAAGCCAUUUGAUGUACAGAAUGUUAAAAAAAAUAAAUAAAUGUUUGUUGAAACCUGA